AUGGCAUUAAUAUCAACUUUGGUCGCGAAGCUCCGCCAUGACCCGCGGCCUCUGUACAAGCUUCCACCCUAUAUCUCAGUGCUUCUCGUUCUUGUCGGGGUGAUAUGGCUUCUCCUCCUUCCCCUGAAUGAAUACUCGCGAGAAACAUACAUCUCGGAAAACGCUCUUCUCCCUGGUCAGGUGCACACAUACUUUGCUGGCAGUGAGCAGAAUAUAUUUCGCGCAUACCGACAGGAGCUUGACACCGUGAAAGACCUUGACUAUACCUUCGUGUCAGAGAAGCUCCAGUCGGUAUUUCGAGAAUCGGGAUUAAAAGUUGCUACGCAAAACUACGAAUAUCAAUCUUCCGGGAACAUACAUACUGGGCAAAAUGUGUACAGUGUCAUCCAUGCCCCUCGUGGAGAUGGAACUGAAGCAAUUGUUCUUGUAGCAGCUUGGAAGACAGUUGAUGGGGAGCUUAACCUCCAUGGUGUUGCAUUAGCAUUGACACUAGCACGAUACUUUAAGAGAUGGUCUUUAUGGUCGAAGGAUAUCAUUUUCUUAAUCACCCCGGAUAGCAAGUCGGGAGCCCAGGCUUGGGUUGAUGCUUACCAUGACAUGCAUCCACCAUCAGUUCAGUCACUACCACUCAAGAGCGGCGCCAUACAAGGCGCCAUUGCAUUCGAGCACCCUCAGAAUCACAGAUUUGAAUCGUUACAUAUCCUCUACGAUGGUGUUAAUGGACAACUACCAAAUCUGGAUUUAUUCAACACUGCCAUUGCUAUAGCCCGAGGCCAGAUGGGUAUUCCUGUUGACUUGCAGCAUGUGUGGAACCAUGAUAAUAAGUACCGGAAACGCCUCCAGACUAUGCUUAAAGGUAUGGUUCGUCAGGGACUUGGUCAUGCUGCUGGAGUCCAUAGCAGCUUUAUUCCGUACCAUAUCGACGCAAUCACGUUUCAGACUAUUGGCCAGGGAUGGGAAGAUGAAAUGGCGCUCGGAAGAUCGAUAGAGGGCCUUGUUCGCAGUAUCAAUAACCUCCUUGAGCAUUUCCAUCAAAGCUUCUUCUUCUAUCUGCUUAUGCAUUCGAAACGCUUCGUCAGCAUUGGAACUUAUCUUCCUAGCGCAAUGCUAAUUGCAGGCAACUUUACGAUUAUGGCAAUCGGUCUAUGGCUUAAGAGUGGACGCCGGACUAUAAAUACAACCUCGGACUUACUCUCAGCUUCCCUUACCGACAAUUCCAAAUUGAAUAAAGAAAAACGAGGCUCUACUACCAUUGCUGUUGACGGAAGCAACGGUGCUGUAGAGAGGCACCUAUCACUCCCACUGGCUCUAGUGUUAGGGCUACAUUUCCUUGGGGCGAUUCCGUUAUACGCUUUCAAUAGUCUUCCUCGCCAGUUUCUAUCCUAUGCAGCAUACAUUUUCGCUGUGUCAAACAUCGCGAUCCCCCUCGUUAUAGCUGUGCUCGUGGUUCGCUUCCUACGACCAACGACCCAACAGUUCAUUCUCGCCAAGUCCUUCUCUCUUGUACUCCUAGGAUUAUUCCUCUCCGCCCUUGCAACACUUAACUUCUCUCUGUCCCUGCUCCUAGGUCUCAUCUGCACUCCGCUCACUUUUAUCGGCUACAUAGAGCCUUCCCAUCCGGUAUCUAAGCCAACGCAAGAUUCUAAAGUUAAGCGUGUACAGACAGAGGCGGAAAUUACUGCAAGGUCCGUCCUUGUAAUAAAAACUGCAUUUGGGAUUUUGCUUCUCAAUCUUCUUUCCCCCAUGGCGUUACUCCUUGGCAUAUGCUUAGCCAAUGGCAUCUCCGUCGAACUUGUUCUAUCUGAAGCAGCAUUUGGAUGGAACGUCUGGGGAAUGUGGACUCAAGUUGCGAUUUGGUGCAUAUGGUGGCCGGCAUGGCUCACAGGCUAUGUGUUAAAUUUUUCAUCAAUUCUAUAA